GCUUAUCGUGUGUCUGUGAAGACAGGAGGCUCCAUCACCAUCCCAUGUCGCUAUGAUCAGAAAUACAAAACCCAUGUGAAAUACUUGUGUAAAAUAGAUUAUUUGCAAAGAUGCUCCACUGUUGUACGCACUUACCCUCCUAAGAGCACAGAUAAGGCCUCAAUCUCUGAUGACAUCAACCAGCUAACCGUCACUGUGACCAUGACUGAUCUGGAGCCAGUGGACUCUGGUCGUUACUGGUGUGCUGUAGAGAUGAAUGUUGGACAAAAUGUCAUGACAGAAUGGUUCCGACUAUCUGUCACUCCACGUAAGAUCCCUGCAACUCUUCCAUAUGAUUACAUGACUGGUGUUCUGGUUUAAUUUACUGGUAUCACUAUUAUUGUUCAAGUUGACAUGAGGAAAGUUGGUAUAUGUCUACUUUCUGUUCUCUAUCCAUCAUAUCAUAAUUAUGAUAUUUGUGUUCAGUUGUUACAAAAAAACACUUGAUCACUCAGGACCUUCUUUGGUGUGUGUACCCCUGUGUUCAGGUACUCCAGAACUCUAUGUGGACCAACAGGAGGUGACUGGAGUUGAAGGAGAGAGUGUCAUUGUAAACUGUUACUAUAGUGACACUGGAAAUAGGAAGUGGUGCAGGAUUGGUGGCAGUGUCUCCUGUAUGGUGGGGAAUUCUGGGACUCUAGAUGGAACAUCAGUGACCCUACAGCAGACCGCUGAUGCCACCAGAUCAAAUGUCUUAACGGUGACUAUGAGUGGUCUGAAGAUGGAUAACACUGGCUGGUACAGGUGUAGAGUGGGAGACCUUAUGAUGCCUGUUCACAUCACUGUCAGACGACAAACCACCACACAAAGUACCACCACUGUGACCAGUGAGUAGAGAGCAAUCAGAUAUUGUAGAAUUAAGUAUAAACCUGUUUUUAUCCAGUCUUCCUGACUUAUUAUCUGAAGCAAAUUGGAUUGUAACCUGAUUCAAAGCUUUUGGGAAUACUUAGAGGUCCUACCAUGGGUUUGAACUCAACAAAAUUCAUAUGUUGGGGUAAAUGAAAUAAGCUGGACAAGAAGGUCAUAGUUUAGCCACAAUGUCUUGUUACAGUUCAGUCUACCUUGUGUAUCUCUGGUACACCAGUCAUAAUACCAUUGUUGUUUUUACCUCACAGCAACCCAAGCUCCAACCACUGAACAAUCCUCUUUCUCUCCAACUGCUGAGCCUGUUCAGACUGACAACACAGUCCAAGGACCUGAGGGGGGCAAGGAGAAGGACACCAUGAGGUAAUGAUCACUCAUUCAGCUGUAUUUCACACUUACUCUUCCAAAUGGAUAACAAUAGAAAUGUGAAGAAAUGUAACCUUUUCUGUUUUUGACAAUACACAAAAACACCCUCCUUUAAUGUUUCCACACCAAAUAUAGACCAAAAAGACACUGUUCUUAUAGAGACAUUUACCACUUCCUCAUAUUUCUGUGGUUGUAGAAGAAGCAGCAUACUAUUCUUGAAUGGCCAAGUUUCACACAUAAAAGGUGUGAAGAGCUGAACAAAUAUUUCCAUUUAGUCAUAGCAGCACAAAAAACAUAAUGCAAAAAAACAAUAAUGAUCUAUUUAUCUGUUCUGUUUUAUGGACAAUAUUUUACAGUAAACAUAGUCUUUCACCUUCAGUUCCAUAGAUCUAAAAGUCCUACUGAUUCCUCUGGGCAUGUUGGUGGUGGUGAUAGCUGGUGUCCUAGUCACCACCUUCAUUGAACCACACUCAUUAAAUACCUUGUGCAGUCAAAAUCAUCACUGCCGCUGCAAACUGUUAAAUAUACACUGCCUUUAGCAAAAUGAAGUUUUCCCUUUACAACUCCCCUUAAAAAAUUGUCCUUGUAUUACAGCAAUUUACAGAGGAACAUGUUCUAAAGCUUUUAAUUAUUCUACAGACGGGGGAGAACAUUCUUCUACCUGCCAAAAAUUGGUAAUGCAGUGCUCUUCCUCCUGUGCACCAUCAUUGCUGUGGUGAAGUUCAGGGCAAACUGA